AUGAAAGUUUUACACUUAUUUUCAAUAGCCGCUAGCGUAUCUGUCUCAAUGGCAAACAACUGGGCUACGUAUCCUCAAGUACCCCAGACUGCAAGUAUUAAUGGAUUUGCGGACCCAAUCUAUGGUAAGCUACCAAAGUGUGCACGGUCUUGCGUACAAAGUAGUGUUAAAAACACACCAUGUCCAUAUUGGGAUACAGGAUGCCUUUGCGUUAUGCCUCAAUGGUCUGGAGAAGUUGCACAAUGCUUUGCAUCGGAAUGCUCUGGAUCAGAUGUGAAGUCUGCAACAAGCUUGGCGCUUUCAUUAUGCUCCAGCGUAGGAGCGAAUCAGUGGCUCAUGCCUGCAACGGUUUCUUCAGAACUAAGACACGCAGCACAAGUCACCGGAGAAGUAACUAGCGACAUUUCAGUGGAGCCCAUUUCAGUUAGUGCUGAUUAUUCGAGUAUUCUUUCCGAAUACCUCGGAGAAACUACAGUUUCAUCUAGCCAAGGAUCCUCGGCUGAAUCAGAAAGUUCAAGUACAAACUCUGGAACGAGCUCAAAGGGUUCCAGUGAGAAUGCCUGCUGCAGAUCGUUUAGAUAA